AUUGGAUUGCGCAUGCGCAUUAAAUCGCCGCCGCCGAUUUCUUUUGUUUGACUUCAGUUUCUCACUAAAAUGACCACUCAACCGCACAGUAGAAAAAAGAUCUGCUAUUACUAUGAUGGUGAUAUCGGAAACUAUUACUACGGACAGGGACAUCCGAUGAAGCCCCAUCGUAUAAGAAUGGCCCAUAAUUUAUUGCUUAAUUACGGUCUUUACAGAAAAAUGGAAAUUUAUAGACCUCUAAAAGCCAGCGCAGAAGAGAUGACAAAAUUUCAUAGUGACGAAUAUGUCAAAUUCUUAAAAGGAAUCCGACCCGAUAACAUGUCAGAUUUCAAUAAGCAGAUGCAAAAAUUCAAUGUAGGUGAAGAUUGCCCAGUUUUCGAUGGAAUGUUUGAAUUUUGUCAAUUAUCUUGUGGAGGCUCAAUUGCCGGAGCUGUUAAAUUGAAUAGAAAUCAAACUGAUAUAGCCAUAAAUUGGGGAGGUGGACUUCAUCACGCUAAGAAAUCGGAGGCUUCUGGAUUCUGUUAUGUUAAUGACAUUGUCCUUGCUAUUCUUGAGCUUUUAAAGUAUCAUCCCAGAGUUUUGUACAUUGAUAUUGAUAUUCACCACGGUGAUGGUGUUGAAGAAGCUUUUUAUACAACUGAUAGAGUUAUGACGGUCUCAUUUCACAAAUACGGUGAAUAUUUUCCUGGUACAGGAGACCUUAGAGAUAUCGGAGCAGGGAAGGGAAAAUAUUACGCCGUUAAUUUCCCUCUAAGAGAUGGUAUUGAUGAUGAAAAUUAUGAACAGAUAUUUUGUCCCGUUAUGCAAAAAGUAAUGGAAAUGUAUCAACCAACUGCGAUUGUUUUACAAUGUGGCUCUGAUUCUCUUACUGGCGAUCGUUUGGGCUGCUUUAAUUUAACUCUGAAAGGUCACGGUAAAUGCGUGGAAUAUAUGAAGAAAUUUAAUCUGCCUCUUUUGUUACUUGGUGGAGGUGGCUAUACUAUUCGUAACGUUGCAAGAUGUUGGACUUACGAGACGUCAAUUGCUUUAGACGUCGAUGUUGCUAAUGAACUGCCUUAUAAUGAUUACUUUGAAUAUUACGGACCUGACUUUAAAUUACAUAUCAGUCCCAGCAAUAUGACUAAUCAAAACACGCCAGACUACUUGGAUAAAAUAAAAGCGAGAUUAUUCGAAAAUCUUAGAAUGUUGCCACAUGCCCCCGGAGUUCAAAUGCAAGAUAUACCCGAAGAUUCAAUAAAUAUGGACGAUAAUGAAGACGACAAACAAGAUCCAGAUAAAAGAGUAUCAAGUAUGACUAUUCUUUAUAAACAGAUAACUAUUAAUUGAGAGGACAACUACUUAUGUCUAUUUUGUUAGUUCGUGCCAGUGAUAAACGAGUUAUACGUGAUGAAGAGCUUGACGACUCAGAAGACGAAAGCGAAGGACGAAAAGAUCGCGAAAAUUACAAAAAUAAGCGUCUAAAGCUUGAAGAGGGCCAAAAGCCAAAUAAUGAAACAAACGGUGAAACGAAGAUGGAAACCAAAGUUGAGACUGUUGAACCUCCACAAGAGAAGAUCGAAAAGGCAACGGAAGAUGUUGAAAUGAAGGAAGCUACCCCCGAAAACAACUAGUGUUUCGGAUUUAAUAUGUACUUUAUUUUGGAUUAUGUGUAGUAAACAACGUAGUCUAUCUUACUCCUGUACAGUAGUAUUUUGUACAGAAGUAUAUUUUUCUUAAAAUUAAACGUCUGACAAAGGCCAGAAACUUUUAACGAUAGCUAUUACUAUUUAUCAUUAUUCACAUAAAGAUUUUUUUCUAGACAAGUAAAUGUAUUAUGGCAAAAAAAAAAAUCGAUGACGGCAUUAGAGACAGUGACUAUACAUAGCAGAUCAUUCGGUCCAUUCUCUCUUAUAAUAAAUUGUUAUUUUCUUUUUUUUUUCAGAUCUUGUAAAAUAUUCACUAAAAAAGUCUUUUUGUAAGAAAAAAUAUUGAUAAAAUCUAAAACGUUUUAAAAUACAACAAAAGAGCACUCGAACAACAUCAGAGUAUUAAGAAAUUGACUUCUUAUUGCUAACUACUUUUUUUAUCCAUUUUUUAAAACCAUAGAGUUAUAAACAUAACACAUAGAUUGUAUAUAUAGAUAAUUAAAUAUGAGAUUACGAAAUACAUAACUAAAUAAAUUCUCUUUUUUUAUAGAAAAUACUCUCCCCUAUUCUAUUCAGACUUUAUGUCUGGAACAUCAUUAUGUAUAGCUUUCUUUUCUGUACCGCCAUUUGUGUUGGUUCCGUUUCCUGGGUUGUUGUUUGUAUUGCCAGCACUUCCUCCGCUGCUGCCACCGCCAUUUCCAGCUCCAGUGGGCCAAGGACUGUUCAUCGGGGAAACACCAGCUGACGUGGGUAUUUCUGAAUUUUCCGGUUCGAAUUGGUUAUUCUCUAAGCGUGUUAUAAGCCUUUCGUCCUCGUCUCCGAAUUCUCCGCCCAUCAACGUAGGUUCUCCAACAACCAUCACAUCACCGGGUGUGAAGCCCUGAGGUCCUUAAAUUAGAGAAAAGAAGAAAGAGAAAAGUUUGAUGAGAAUGUUUGAUAAAAUAGUUUAAAGAAUAAAACACAACAUCAUGUACAGUAUACUGAAAAUUGUUUGACCCUUUAAACUCUUUCCCGCCCCCUGCUAUUCCUUAAGAUUUUAUUAACAAACUAAACCUUUGAAGUUGUUGGGUGGGGUAAAGGCGUUUUAAUUCCACUUCAGAAAACUUACCAGGAGAACGUUUUUGUUUAGGCGUGCUUUCUCUUGAACCAGCGCUCCCUCCUGGAGUACCAGCAGCUCCUGCUGAUGACUUUCUUUUUCUACGUUUGUUCGGUUGUCUCGACGAUUCUUCAAAGUGAAUAAUAAAAUAACAAUUAAAUAAUUUAUCAAAUAAACAUAACCGAAAAAUAAACACCAAGAUUUUCGCAAAAAAUCAGAGAGAGUAUAUAAAAAACUGAUGAAGUUAUGUAAGAUCUUUGUCAAUAUACUGCAUAUAUAUAAAUAUAUAUAUAAAUAUAUAUAUAUAUAUAUAUCCUUUCACUUUGUUAAUAAAUGUUAUUUAUCAACUAAUUAACCAUUAAAUGUUAUCUUUGCAAAAAAAGAAAAUUGUAGUAGUGGUAGUAUUAUUAUUAUUUAUAGAAGGAAGAAAGAGAAAAGAAGAUAAGGAAGAGAAGGUAGUUAAAAAUUUUAAGUUUCUCUUUUUUUAAUAACAAUU